GUGGGAUUAAACGUACAGUGCGGGGUACCAUAUCAACUGCGUUAACCAAUAGAAAUCAUCUAAAAAGCCCUAUGAAGUAAGCCUCAAUCGCUAUACCAGCAGUAAGACCGUGCGGAUUAUCCCCUCACUACCUUGAAACUCAAUUGGCUCCAAGCUUUUUUCCUUCCAUAUAAUUCAACUCACAGCUGCAUUGCAAUGCGUUGGGUAUCAUACCUCGUCGCCUCAUGCUCCUACGACAGCUCCAGCGGCCAUCCUCACGAUCGCUAGCCGCUUUAGCAGCAUGGCGACCAACACUAGCAGCUACCGCACCGCUGCACGGUAGCAGCCGCCGGCAAGAAUCCAAAUCGACUCCUCCCCCUUCGCCUGACGAGUCCGAACCAAAAUCCGACCAAGAUGACGAGCAACCCACAAGCACGCCCGCGUCUACCUCAUCCUCACCGUCCCUCUUCGAAAAGUUCUUCCCCAACGAAGCAAAGCAAGCCCGCCUCUCCUCCAACCCCUGGUCCUCGCCCCUCUUCCCGGAGCCGCCCGACACACCCCCCGAAAUCCCCGACCUAAGCGACCUCGACAUCGACACCGAACCCACAUCCACAUCCACCAGCACAUCCGGCGAAGUCCCCCUCCGCGCCAAAUCAAUGCUGAUCCUCAGCGCGGCCAGCGCCUCGCUCGUGGAGCCCGACUUCCUGCGCCUCGGGCCGCAGGGGUACCACGUGGAGGGGUGGGUGUCCGGGAUAACGCGCGUCGUGCAGGCACGAGACCCGGACACGCUGCGGCCUUUGGGCCACUACUUCGUACUGUUCGACAGCGACGAGUCGGCUCUCGCGUACCAGGCCGAAGUCGCGCGGCUGUGGUCGCUGGCGAAGCGGCACGCGCAGCGGCCCGCGGGCAGGGUGGGGAUGCACUGGAGCCGCAAAUACAACGACAGCAAGAACAGGGGCGGGAAGGGGAAGGGGCCGCCGGCGGGGGCCUUGCCCCCCGACGUGGCCGCCCAGAUCAAGGGCUUCACGCUCGUGCCCCCGAGCCAGAAGUACCAGAUCGGGCUCUCGACGGCGGCGAGCACCGCCAAGAUCGAGGACCUGGAUAUCGGCGGGGCCUCGUUCGUGGAUCGCCUGGCGGACCGCGCGGGCUCGCGGCACCUGGUUCUGGUGAAGGUCGACGGGGGCCGCAUCCCGGUGGACAUGCUGCGGCAGGCGAUCGAGGAGGACGGCGUGGAGAGGAAUCUGGCGUGGCGGGUGACGGACCUGCGGCACGGCAUCUUGGCGUUCGGGACGAGCGGUUUGAAGAAGGCGGAUAGGGCCGCCAUGGAGCAGGCGGAUGAAGAAGAGGAGGGAGAAGUGGGGGAUGAUAGGAAGUAUAGGCGAUAUCCUCGUUUCGUCGUGCCCUUCAGGGAUAGCGCCGAGGCACAUCGUUUCGUCCGGGGUUGGCACCGGAGGCAGCUCAAGAUACGCAUGCAUGCCGAGGGAGAGUCUAAGAUGGUAUCGUGGGAUGAAACUAGAAUACUAAACACCUCGGUACUAUGGUGAGAUAUCCAUCGAGUAUAGAGGUAUAACUAUGAGACUCGAAUCAACCAAAGUUCAUUAUCAUCUCACAUCUCGACACAGUUUAUACGAAU